GUUCUCCAGGUUGUCUUUGUUUCUGAUGUCUAAGUUCUUUUUGUCUGUUGUUUUUCACAGUUUGUACUUUUAGGCGCAUGUUUGGCGCCCCCUGGUGGUCACGUGACCAACAGCUAACAUGGCGGCCCCCAUCAGGACGCUGUGCUGCUCAGUGUUGAGACACUCCAGCAAACAGUUCAGCACAACAAGUUGGGCACGAGCUGGAGAACAGUGGAGGAAAGACAAUGGCCUUGCAAGAAGCGGCUCAGAGUACGGACCCCUGACAGAUCUGCCCGACUGGUCUUUUGCAGAUGGACGGCCGGCUCCUUUAAUGAAGGGCCAGAUGAAAAGAAAGCAGGAGAGAGAAGCUCUAGCUAGGCGUAUCGUGAUGCUGAGCUCGGAGGUGGACAAAGGAAUAGAAGCCUGGGAGGAGAAGCAGGAGGAAGCCAAACGAGCAGAGGAGCACAAAAAGUCUCUUUUACUUAAACCCAAAGGGAAGUUACUAAUGAAGAAGAAAUCUAAGAGUUAGAAGAAGAUUAUCAUCCGUUCUGUGGACUUUUCUGAAGCUCUGAGGACCUGUAACGGCUCGUGAUUUCCUCAUUAACAUAUUUCCCUCCUUCGUUUUUACCCGUACAAUAAAAAAUAUUUCCGAGUCAUUUGCA